CCGAUGAAGGACUGUUCCGCAAUGGAUCCCAGAAUUUGGAGCAAACUACCUCCUGAUGUUAUGGAACACAUACUGUUGUUGCUCCCUCUCAAGACUUUGUUGAAUCUUAGACCCACUUGCAAGGCCUUCACCUCUCUCCUCUUCUCUCCCUCCUUCAUCUCCAAACACUCUUCUUCUUCACCCUUCUCUUCCUUUCUCUUACUCUCUCACCCUCAGUAUCCCCAUCACUUCCCUCUCUACGAUUCCCAGCUUUGCUCUUGGCGGAACUUUUCUCCCUCCCUUCACUGCUCUUCUUCCUCCACUCUUCUCUCUUCCUCCGGUGGCCUCUUUUGUCUCUCCGAUCCCAGUUCUUCUUCCUUUCUUGUCUGCAACCUCUUUGUUAAGUCGUCUAGAAAGAUCGAAUACCCAAUUCCCUCUCUUCACUUGGGCCAUCUCACUCUUGUUACUACCCCUGUUGGGUAUAACAUAGUGCUUCUUUGUUCAGAGUCAGCUUCAAAUAGUGCUUUUGUUUAUGACUCCAAAGUACUUUCUUGGCGUCGUUUUGAGGGUUUCAGUGCCGUUCUCAGCGACAAUUAUCACCAACGAGGCACUUUCUUUGAUGGGGGUUUGUAUUUCACCACCCCAGAACCGUUUUCUGUGGUACGUUUUGACUUGGAGAGUGGAAAGUGGGAGAGACUCGUCGGUGAAUUACCAAACGAACUCACUUUUGUGAGAUUGACGAGUGAUGGAGAGGGUAAGUUGUAUUUACUUGGUGGGGUUGGGGACAAUGGAAUAUCAAGGAGCAUCAAGUUGUGGGAAAUGGGUGGAGAAGGGGAUUGGGUUGAAAUGCAAAGGUUGCCAGAGAUGAUGUGUCGAAAAUUUGUGUCCGUUUGUUAUCAUAACUAUGAGCACGUUUAUUGCUUUUGGCACGAUGGAAUGGUAUGCGUUUGCUGCUACACGUGGCCAGAGAUGUUGUAUUACAGUGUUUUGAGGAGAACUUGGCGUUGGCUUCCCAAGUGCCCAUAUUUGCCUCUUAAAUGCAGCUGUGGUUUCAAGUGGUUUUCUUUUGUUCCAAAGCUUUAUGCUUCGGUCUGAGUACGUUCUCUUGUUUGGUUGUAUGCAGGGUUCAGUGUCGGAUGCUUUGAUUAGUAUCAUCUUGAACUCAUCAUAUUAAUAAUAAUGCAUUGAUUUUA